AAAUGAUUUUGACAAGUUGCAUCUGUUGUCUUUUGUGGUUUUAGGUUAGGAUUUUAGAGUUGUUCACUGUUGUUUUUAAGUGUAGUUAGUUUCUUUUAAUUACUUCAAUAAAUGGAAUUCGCAAGAAAACAACUGGAAAAGUACGGCUGGACUGACGGCAAAGGUCUCGGCAAGGAUGAGAAUGGCAUAUCAGAGCCAUUGAAGGCUAAAAUAAAGCAUAGUCACACAGGCGUGGGGUACAAUCCUGCCUCGGAUUUCACAGAGCAUUGGUGGAGUGCUCUAUAUGAUAAAGCUGCUAGUAAUCUGGAAGUGGAAAAUAAAAAUGGCAAAACUAAAAAGAUAAGACGGAAAAGCAAUGAAGAGUUUGAAAUAACAAACAGCACGUGGAAAAUGAAGAGGAAGAAGAAAGAAAAACAGCAGGAGAAGGAAGAAUACUCAGAGUUCUUUGUCAAAACUGCUGUUAUGGGGCAAGGAGGCGAUAAAACCACUAGAGUAAGAGAUUCUGAUUCACAGUCAGAGAGUGAGAGUGAAUCCAAAGAUGCUGUAAAGAUGACAGAUGAAGAAUUGUUUGCAGCUUGUCAAGGAAGGACUGCGCAUAAAGGUGCCCGCCAUGGUCUAAGAGCAUUAGGAAAGCUAGCAAGAAUAGAACAGCAAGAACAAAUUCUUUUACAACAGAUAAAAUAUAAAGGCUAUUCCCAUCAUGAGAAAAUUAAAAAAAAUAGUGACACAGAUUCAAAAGUUGAAGACACCAAUUUGCACAGCGAUGGAGAAGUUGUUACCAUUAAAAAGAAAAAGAAGAAGAAAAGGCGCUCCAAUAGUACUGAAGUUCAAAAUACUGAAGCUGAAAACUUUGGUACUGACAAUACAAUAAAUGGAAAUGAAGUACCAAUUGGUAGAAAAUCUGCUAAAUCGAAAACUAAAAUUAUUGAAAUGAAUACUCAAAUUGGAAAUUCAGAAAAUGAAGAAAUAGUAAAAAGCAAGAAAAAGAAACGCAAACGCUAUAAUAAAGCAGAUGAUAGUGUGUCUAAUGAUGAAUUUAAAUUAAGCUUGAUGGAGGAAGGUUGACAAAGUAGAAAAUCAUUAUGUAUUUUAUAAUAUAUUAACCAUAAUGGUUUUUAUUAGUAUAUAAAAUAUUGAUAAAAGCAAUGAAUUGA